AUGGACGUCAUCUCCGAGAUCCUUUCUCGUACACCGGUGAAGUCCGUGUGCCGGUUCCGGUGCGUGUCCAAGGCAUGGCAGGCGCUCAUCUCCGACGCGACGUUCCUCGGCACGCACAAGGAGCCGUUGCCUCUCCUCAUCGUCAACUCCAUCGGUGCCGACGAACCCAGAGACCACCGCGACUCGCCGUUAAUGGAUUUGGAAAGCAACCUCAACUUUUACAUCAUGGGUGCUUACAAAUAUAGAGGUCACGACCUGCAGCUACUGGAUUUGGACGGCAACGUCAUAAGGGUGAUGAAGCGCGCGGGCACCUUUCUGACCAUGUGCUCCGGCGGCGCCGUCAAUGGCCCCGCCGCCUGCGUCACCCUCCAUCAUUCCACCUUCAACGUCAUUGAUCUGGCCUCCGGGAACGUGAUAGCCACCUCUAAAGCAGAGAACAUGAGAGAUUAUAAUGCUUUGAACUCUGUUUUCAGCUACGGCGUUGGCUGUGCCAUCCCAUCUGGCAACUAUAAGCUGGUCUUCCUUGCAAGAUCGCAAGCUUGCCAGGUUCUCACGUUACAAGACGGCGCCGAGUGGAGACAUGCGCAACCGUCUCCAGCCCAAGUUUUCUUCAACGGCUAUCGCCAAUAUUCAUCGGUCACCAUCAACGGCGUCAUGCGCUUCUUCCAUUACAACUGGGAGGCGCCGCAAGGGGAUGAGAACUACAUACUUUGCUUUCAUCUUGAGAGCGAGGAAUGGAAGGAGUCCAUCAAAGGUCCAGUGAAAUUGACGGAUCCAUAUGACAUGCCAGAACCCAUAAUGACCGAGCUUAAUGACACCCUAUGCAUAGUUGAAUGGGAGGAACUCGUGACCCACGUAUGGCUGCUGAUUGAUCCUGUCGACAGCAUUUGGGUCAAGACAUACACGAUUCCAAUGGCUCCUGCCACCUAUGUAGAGAUGCCUUUGAGGAUGGUGUGUGAUAAUGGUGAAAAAGUGCUCCUCCAUUGCUCUCCUCGCCGUUUCACUUCCACGGCAACUCGGACGUUGCAAGAUUACGAUCCACUCACGGGGUCACACACGCACCGUAUCAACUUUCGAGCCUACGGUCUGGGCAAAGUUGGUAUCUGUCGCAUGGACUUGAAGUAUGUUGUCUCAUCUAAGAUCUUUACAAUGGUUGAGCCAGAAGAAUUCAACCUCCCUCUUUUGCUUGAGUGAUAUUUUGACAGACCAAGUUUUAUCAAGUGUAAAUUUCGAUUCGUUCAUAAAUGAGCGCCAACUAAUUCUGCGUUUAA